CGAGUGACGAGAACACGAGAACUUCGUAAAUUAGAAAAGAAUUUGUUGCUUGUCAAAAUUCAGAACUCGAAAAAUCCUUCCUGGCUUCUGGAAAGACUGGAAUGUGCCGUGGAAUCCCGGUUUUCCUGAACCAUAUAUGUAAGAAGGGGUGACAGGAUCCGAGCUCAGAGGAAAUUUUGGGUGAAGACCAGUCUCGCGCUCUGUUAAUCCCUUUCUGGUCCGAAGGCGACCUCCUUCGAUCGAAGAAAUCAGGCUUCAGUUCUGUUUGUGUUUCUUCUGUUCUUUCUCGGAUCUCUAUUGUUAAUCGAAAAUGCAGUCGACUAACUUGCUCCUCGAAGAACCAAUUAGGAUGGCUUCCAUUCUCGAGCCAUCCAAACCAACUUUCUUCCCUGCAAUGACGAAGAUUGUUGGGACUCUCGGUUCGAAGUCGCGACCUGUGGAAAUUAUUUCUGGAUGCCUUAAGGCGGGGAUGUCUGUGGCGCGUUUUGAUUUUUCAUGGGGAGACAUCGACUAUCACCAAGAGACUUUGGAAAAUCUGAAGAUGGCUGUCAAAAGUACAAAGAAGCUCUGCGCUGUCAUGCUCGACACUGUGGGCCCAGAGUUGCAGGUCGUUAAUAAGAGUGAGAAAUCCAUUUUGCUUCAAGAGAAUGCCUAUGUUACUCUAACACCUGAUCAGGAAAAGGAAGCCACUUCGGAGCUAUUGCCUAUUAAUUUUACUGGGCUGUCAAAGGCAGUGAAGAGAGGUGACACCAUUUUUAUUGGUCAAUACCUGUUCACUGGAAGUGAAACAACAUCUGUUUGGCUGGAGGUUUCUGAACUGAAGGGGGAAGAUGUGGUUUGCAUGAUAAAGAACUCUACUACAUUGGCUGGGUCAUUGUUCACAUUGCAUGUUUCUCAAAUCCGUAUUGACCUGCCCACCUUGACUGAUAAAGAUAAAGAAGUAAUAAGUACAUGGGGUGUCAGAAACAAUAUUGAUUUUCUGUCUUUGUCAUAUACCCGUCAUGCAGAGGAUGUUCGUCAUGCUCGUGAGUACCUUUCUAAAUUGGGUGACCUUAGUCAGACUCAGAUUUUUGCAAAGAUUGAAAAUGUUGAGGGCUUAGCCCAUUUUGAUGAGAUCCUACGUGAAGCUGAUGGUGUUAUCCUCUCUCGUGGUAAUCUGGGUAUUGAUCUCCCACCUGAGAAGGUUUUCUUAUUUCAAAAAUCUGCUGUCUACAAGUGCAACAUGGCUGGAAAACCUGCAGUUGUUACCCGAGUUGUGGACAGUAUGACUGAUAACCUGAGACCAACUCGUGCUGAGGCUACUGAUGUUGCAAAUGCCGUAUUGGAUGGAAGUGAUGCAAUUCUUCUAGGUGCAGAGACACUGCGGGGUUUAUAUCCUGUUGAGACCAUAUCCAUUGUUGGCAAAAUUUGUGCUGAGGCAGAGAAGGUUUUCAACCAAGAUCUAUAUUUCAAGAAGACUGUCAAAUAUGUUGGAGAACCAAUGACCCACUUGGAAUCCAUUGCUUCUUCUGCGGUACGUGCGGCAAUUAAGGUGAAGGCUUCUGUUAUUAUUUGUUUCACUUCAUCUGGAAGGGCUGCUAGAUUGAUUGCAAAGUAUAGGCCAACAAUGCCUGUUAUAUCAGUUGUCAUCCCUCGCCUCAAAACAAAUCAACUUAAAUGGAGUUUUACUGGUGCCUUUGAGGCGAGGCAAUCGCUCAUAGUCAGAGGCCUCUUUCCCAUGCUUGCAGAUCCUCGACAUCCGGCUGAAUCAACAAAUGCUACAAAUGAGUCGGUCCUGAAGGUUGCACUUGAUCAUGGCAAGGCUUCUGGGGUAAUCAAGUCUCAUGAUCGUGUUGUCAUUUGCCAGAAAGUGGGGGAUGCUUCAGUCGUAAAGAUCAUUGAGCUCGAAGACUAGACUAAACGAUGUUUGUUUGUUUUUUUUUGAAUAUAUAAUAUAUGCUUUUGCUUCAUUUUGGUUUUGGUCCCCUUGUAGAAUGCUAUGGGCAUGGUAAUAGGCCUACGAGGGCUCACCAAGCUCUCAUAGUUUAAGAGAUGAGCUGUUGUGUUAAGAACUUAAAAUAUUAAGAGUGUACACUGAGGCAGUUGCAGUUAUAUUGCAUCUUUUAAAGCUAUUAAGUAGAAAUAGAAAGUCGUGGUGGCUUAUCCGCUGCUGCGCUUCCUGUUUAUUUCAGACCUUCA